AUGACAACAUUGGCAUUGAAGAAUAUGAUAUUGAUGGUUGGUGCAACAGGUGUAUUACUGUUUGCAUUGUUAAUGAGCUAUGAGUUCAUUGAGCUACUCACCAAUAUCUUCUACUCUGGUGUCUUGUUGAUAAUGGUCGGAUUCUUUUAUCAGAACAGAGACAAUGCCAAAGUUGUACUAUCAUUCUUAUUCGAUAUAAAGUUGGAUGAUGGUGAUCAAUCAACUUCAUCAACAUCAUCAACAACAUCAAAAUCACAAUCAAUCUUAUCAUCAUCAUCAACAUCAACAACAUCAAUAACCAAUGGUGAUGUAUCAUCAUCUACAACCUUGACAUCACCUACAUUGGACAAGGUCGGAGUUGGAGCAACAUUGACAAACAGUAAUAGUGGAGCACUGUUUGGUGAGACAUCUAGAAGCAUGCGCAAGUCCGACAAGGAGAUCAUCGAUCAAUUGUAUGAACAGAUAAAGGAGUUGAACUUGUCAUUCUUCAACGAGCGAAUGUCCAGCGACAAGGAGAGACUGGCACUGCAGCAGAAGCUAAAGACGAUUGAGGCCGCCGCCACCGACGCCAAUCAGGAGCGCGCCAAGUGGAAGGUGGCCGCCGAGCAGCAAAAGGCCAAGAACAAUGAGUUGAUAAAGGAUCGCGAUCAUCACGUGUCCUCCGAGCAGAAGUACCAGUCAAAGGUGGCCGACUAUGAGAAGCGUGAGAGGAACUGGACCGACAACGAGAAGACGCUCGUCAAGAAGGUCUCGGAGCUGAAGGAUACCAACUCGACUCUCAAGAGGGACGUGGACGACAGGACGAAGCGCAUAUCAAAGUUGGAGGAUCAGGUGGUCAAGCUUCAGAAGCAGCUGGCUGCCGCCACGGCCUCGGACGGCAAGGAGAUGCAGGUGAUCAGUAGCAGCACCAGCAGCAGCUUUGGCAGCUACGGUGCAUCCAACCAAACGAUGCUCAGCACGCCACUCGCACAGCAGAUGCAGUCAAUGUCGCCCAGCGAAUCGCCUAGCACAUCACCUGAGUCCGUCAUCACGUCGAUGCCCAUGGUCAUAUCGACCAGCGUGACUGCGGCGAUGCCUCAGCCAACCGCGUCGCUCUCCAUGAACCCCCAGUUGGUCAACACAUCCAACAAUGGAUUGUUUGGACUGCGCGACUCCUCUGACGACGAGGACGACAGCUCGCCCCCAUCAGACACACCCAAGCAGCUUAAGAACCUGUUCAAGAAGGUCAAGAGCGGCUCGUCCAAGAUCAUCAACAAGGCGCAGACCCACUUGAACAAACAUCUGCACACAGAGUUCUUCACGCCGCCAAUCACCACAGCGACAAACCAGCCUCCUACGACAAAGAAGCUGCCAGAGACCCCACCCGCGACCCCCUCCAAGGACAAGGUGGCAAAGGAUAUCUUUGGUGACCCAGCCACAGCUCUGGCCACUAACGAGCCAUUCAUGGUGGGCAACACAAGUGACGGGGCUUCAGACAACUCAAAGAGCAUACCCGACAUAUUCGUCUUUGAGGGCGAGGAGGAGACACUCAAAGACUCGACAUCUCUAUCUGAGCUCCUUAGUGGCGGCGAUGACCUCAACUUCUCACUGGCCUCACUGAUCGACACCACAAGCACCAGUGCACACGGCAGCGGCGACACAGUAGGCGAUCUGUUUGCAUGCAUCAAGGAGUACUCGAUCAAGGAGUCCGAGAAUAAGGCGGGCCUGCGACGUGCCAAGAAGAAGCCACUCACACCAAACGCAAGCAUGAUGGAGGAUGUCUCGUUCGCCGUCUUCCCCUUCAAUGGCUCAAGCGAGAUGGCACUGUUUGGUGUUUGCGAUGGUCAUGCUGGACGCGAGGCUGCCGACUUGGCCUGCAAGUUAUUCCCUAUCGAGAUCGCCAAGAUCAUCAACAGUCAACCAAACCACUGCGAAGGAUGUGACGUGUCCGACUUGUUUGUUCAAGCCUUUGCCGAAGUCGACAGGCUCAUGAAGGAGGAGUGUCAAUACGUAGGAUGUACAGCUACCGUCGCCUUUGUUUGGACCUACAAUGGCGGUAGAUAUCUUCAGGUGGCCAAUGUUGGUGACUCUUCUGCUUUCAUAUGUCGAAGCGGUUCAGCAGUAGAGAUGACAUUUGAUCACAAAGCAAGCCAUCCAUUGGAGAAGAAGAGAAUGAUUGAAGCUGGUAUUCCAGUGACUGAUCAACAGACGAGAAUCAAUGGAGUGGCCGUGAGCAGGUCACUGGGCAAUCACUUUAUCAAGGACCAGAAGAUUGGUAUGAUUGGCGAGCCACACCUCUCCAAACCAAUCCUACUGCACGACUUUGACACAUUCCUGGUGAUGGCCUCUGAUGGCCUGUGGGAUGUCGUAAGUGGAGAUCGUGCCAUUGAGAUUGGACACGAGAUCAUAUCAAGCAGAGGCGCACAAUCAAUUGCCUCUACACUAUUGCAGACAGGUCUGCAGUUCACCGAUUGUAAAGAUAAUGUCACAGUUAUCGUUGUAAAAUUAUAA